CUGAGGGAUCUCUCACCAUCGCAGCCGCUCCAUCGUCUUCAACCUCCAAACACCAUCGUCGCUCCAUCUCUCAUGCCCACACAGACACCGCCACCAUCCUCCGCCUCACGUCGUCGCCUCACGCCCAGCCACCGUCUUCCGCCUCACGCCUAGUCGCCGCUGCUCCUCGCCCCGCUCCUCGCCACCAGACGCAGCCGCCGGUCGCCCCACUCCUCGCCGCUGCUGCUCGUCUGGAAGGUAUUAAGAUUGUGAUAGUUUUAUUUCAAAAAUGGUCUAUGUAUUGGACCUAAUGCCAUGUGACCGCGACCUAGAGAUUAAGCUCACAUUGAAUGUGGUAUUUCGGUCGUCAACAAAUAUGAAAGGACAAAGAGCUAAAAAUUGGGUAAAUUGGAGGAUAAUUGAGUGUCCGAAACAAUCCGGUAGUGUAGAGUGUGGAUAUUAUGUCUUGCGAUAUAUGUAUGAGAUAUGCACUCUAUACUAUGAGUUUGAAGAUUUAGAACGGGCAUUUGCGAGGUCAAAGCCCUACACGAAAAAUGAAAUUGAUGGAAUUCGUGAAAUUUGGGCGAAAUACUUUUGUGAAGAAUGUUUAUGAUGUAUUGUGUGGGUAAAAAUGUUUUAUUUAGAUAUUGUUGUAGGUAAACAUGCAUGUUGCUUAUAUAUAUAAUGUUUGAACUCUUAUUAAGUUAAUUGUAAUGAUGUAUGUGUUGGUACU